AUGCUGCAGGCCAAGCAGUACAGGAUGUUCCACGACGACAGUAUGAGGUCGUUCUUUCGUCGUCUUUCGUUCACACCCGAUGGGUCGUUCCUGCUUGCCCCGGCUGGAUGUGUGGAGGUUGGAGAAAACGUCAUAAAUACCACUUACAUCUUUUCCAGGAAAAGUCUAAAGAGACCCAUCGCCCACUUGCCAUGUCCAUCUAAAGCCACUCUGGCUGUGCGCUGCUGCCCCGUCUACUUUGAACUCAGGACUAAAAAGGCUGAAGAUGGUUCGACCCAGGCUCUUCCCAAUUUGUUCCAGUUGCCGUACCGCAUGGUGAUUGCAGUGGCCUCUGAGGACUCCAUCUUCUUGUAUGAUACGCAGCAGAGCCUUCCAUUUGGCCUUGUGUCCAACAUCCACUACCACACACUCAGCGAUCUGACAUGGUCUGGUGACGGUUCCUUCCUGGCUGUCUCCUCCACAGACGGUUACUGCUCCUUCCUGUCCUUCUCUCCGGGAGAGCUGGGAACGCCAUUAAAGGAGGCCCCUGCCUUGGAGGUCUUUGUCCCAAACAGUAGUGCUGAGAAAAAAGGAAAGAAGUCAUCAGCGACUAAGAAUCCCUCUCCCGUGUCCCAGCCACCAAGCUUAACCCCGAAUCCCACAUCUCAACCCAGCUGUGGUAAAGAAGCCCCCUGUUCCACCCCAACAGAGGAGAAUAAGAGCACCCCUAAAAACAAAUCCAAGCCCCAGCCCCGGAGGAUUACCCUCAACACCCUGGAGGGCUGGGGAAAGCCUGCUAGCCCUAAAACACUUUCAACAUCUCAAGCCAUCGCUCCUGGAAGUGCACCUUCUACUCCUCAGCCACGGCUGACUCCCCUCACCCCCACCAACUCCUCCACAAACCAGCCACGUGUUACACCGCUUACUCCUUCCACACCAAAAGUCCCUAACAGUGCCACUUCUCCUGGGCCCACUACCCCCAAGGCUUCAACCACCCCAAAAGGACCCACCCCGAGGAGAGUUUCUCUGACUCCUGUUGCACCUCGACCUCCAGCUGUCGGCUCACUUUUCAAAAAUCCUUCCUCCACAGACACGACCAAACGCGAACGAUCCUCUCCUCCCACUGAUCCGCUGGGCCAGCCUCCAGAAUCCAAACGUCCCAAAACCAGCAGCGACUCGCCAAAGACCAGUGUCAGUAAGGAUUAG